GCUUGUUGAAAUGAUGGGCUGUGGGCUUCAUUGUCAUAACUAAUGGGCUUUUGGAUUUGGCCAGUUUCGGAUGUGUUUCAAAUAAUCAAUACAGCAAGCGGAUAAUCCUAGAGACCCAACCCGACGCGUUCCGUGCUCCUGCUCUCUUCUGUUCCAAGCUCUACGGCUAUCAUCUCUCUCCUCCUCCUCCUCCGCCGCCGCCGCCGCCGCCCGUUCAGCAAUAUAGCAGCAACAAAAGGUCAAAAUAGAUGCCUUCACUGCAAACUUCGUUACCGCCUGAGCUUGCAGACAAUGUGAUAAGAUUGUACCGUGAGUGCCUGCGAAGAGCCAAAUAUAUAGGUAAAAAGAACUACAAUACCGAGCUCCUUGUCGACAUGGUGAGGCAGCAGUUCAAGAGAAAUAUGCAUGAGACUGAUCCCGAUAAGAUCCAAAAAUUAAAAGACGAUGCUGCUAGAGGUCUUAUCAACCAUAUGCUUUACGAGUCUCAGAAGAUGAUAAAUCCAAAGUCCUCUCGCGCACGCUCAGCGUAAUCUCACUUUUGAUGAAUGCAAUCAAUCUUAUGUGUUUGAAAGUCUAUUUUGUUACCUGAGCCCAAGAUGAUAUGACAUUAUGUUUUAAUUGUUUCAAAUUUUUAUGAUAUAACGGAAUAAAUUUUCAUGGUGUUUGCUUUUGUGCGAGGAAAACUUGAAUCAGUUGAAAACAAAGUUGCAUGGGUCCAAACAGCUGAAUAAUGUUAUAAACUCUCUUGGUUGUAGUCUAAUUGUGGUCUUUCCCUCA